AUGGCUGCUUCUAAUACUUAUACAACACGACAAGCUGCUUCGAUUGGUCUUCAACCAGGUAAUUUAAUUGGCGAAACACAUUAUGUUACUGAAAGCCAAAUAACACCACCAAUAAAACAACGUAUUCGAAGUACAAAACUUCUAAGUACAAAUAUAAGUCGAUGUCAAUGCUGUUGUCCACCAGUUGCAUCAUCGUUAUGUCGUUCAUGUUUAUGCCCUUGUUGGGCUUAUUUACUUAUUGGUAUUCUUUUUGCAUUACUUAUUGCAGCAUUGGCUGUUGAACUUGGUUUUCUCUCUCGUAUGUUUUCUUAA